AUGGACACAUACAAGCCACCAACGACAGCAGAUAAAAAGCAAAUUGCAAAGCUACAGCAGGUAUUGAUUAAUUUCUUUACAAAAGCUGCUCAAAUCAUACUAGACUCUAGAUCGUCUCCAGAGCCGCUGCAAUUUAUGAGUCAACCUUCACAACUUUAUCUUGUUCAAGUUCAAGAAGAUCCAAAUCUCAAGAUCAACAAAUGGUUUAAUCUUCAUAUGCCAUCAACUCUUGCUACUUCUAAAGAUGAGUUGAAGAUGUGGAAAUCUUCGGAUUUGACUAAUCUACCACCGAUGAUUAUCGAGACUUAUCUUGAUCUAAGACAAUUGCCAUCGAAUCAAACUUUGGUUUUAUUUGACGAGAAUAAGCAUCCUUGGACAGUAGCCAGAUCAAGUGGUAAAAAACAAGAAGUUGUAUUGGAAAGGUGGCUAAUCGAAUUUGAUCAAAAACAACCGGGCCAAGUUGUGGAUGAACUACCUUUGAUUUACAAACAAGCAAUUGUACUAUUUAGAACAAUAUACGGAUUCUCGAGAUUGAUGCCUGCUUACAAGUUGAAAAAGAAAAAUUCAAACAAGUUACCUUUGGGGAAUAAAAUAUUGGACGGUAACCAGCCUAUCAGUUCAAAGGGAAGAAUCGGGUUAUCAAAAGCAAUAAUCAAUCAACAAAGUACUUCAACAGAGCCGUCUUCGCACAUGACUCAGAAGAAUUUUCAACCUAUAAGUACCAGCUUAGGUUCGUUGAAGAUAUCUAUUGCAUAUAGAAAUCACUACGAUUUUAGUAUAUCUGAGAAUGAGGAAGUUUUAUCGGUUCAUUUUAUCAAACACGAUGAAGAUGCAAAAAAGCACAUGUCACUAUCUCCAUGCUCUUCGUUGACGUCGUUUAAAGAUAAUUUAUCACUGUUUAAUAAAGAACUUUCAACUUCACUCAAAAAGAGUACAUCAAACGCAACUUCAUUUAAAAUUGGAUCUAAUUCCCCACCACCACCAACUCAACCUCAGAAUCAAGCUCAAAUUCAGAAUCAGAUUCAAACUCAGACUCAAACUCAGACUCAGACUCAAACUCAGGCUCACUCUCAGGCACACUCUCAAAUACCAUCACAGACGGGACCUACAACAAUUGCCACCCCUGGCGGAGCUACUUCUCAACCGCAGAAUUUACAAUCGAGUUCGUUAGAAAGGAAAGUUUCAAUUACAAGUAGUAAAUCGAUCUCAAAUGCAUCACUAGCUGCUUUUCUCAGAAAUCCAAGAACCAGUAGCACCCCUUCGUCUACUAACAUUCCAAUCGUUAGUACCAGUAAUAAUGCAUACAGCACUUCAAUUCCACGCUCAAUCGGAUCCUCGACUGGUCAGGAUGAGGGGAUUUUCACUAAUCCCGAUAGCACAAAUAACACGCCUAGAUUUUCCUCUUCUUUUGGAUCGCGAGCAAGUCGAAGAUUCAGUAAUACCAGUAUCAGGCAACAAACACCGCAAUCCGAUUAUUUCACACAAGGAAACAAUAGUGUUGAUGCAGCAUUGAGUGGUUUAUAUGGAGAUGAUGACAUUAGUGACUUUGUACGAAUGAUUGACAGCACAUCAGACUUGAAACUCUCGGGCGGACAUAGUAGCUCACACGACUCAGAAACUAGAAUUAGAUCAAUACCCGAGGUUGAAGGUGGCGAAGAGAGGUACGCUUUAAAGAAAUAUCAACUGUUGAGGAAUAAGCAUCAACAAUUGGGAGAUAGUGUUAAUGCAAGUGUGAUUUUGCAAUCACGACAGAGUAGUCGCAAGAGUUCGUUGAAUUCACCUGCUAGUUCAUAUGAUCAAAAUCAAGUAGUAGUUUCAUCAGCCCAUUCUUUAAGGGCAAGAGAAAUGAGCCCGCCCUCGCGAUCUGGAAGUAUUGAACCAAAUCGACCCACAAUUAUGUCGAGGAUAAACUCGAUAAAUACUUCAUUACCUACACCUGUCAUUACAUCGAGUGCCAAUGAAAUCCCUACCAUCACCAACAUCACCAACAACACCAAUAAUAAUAACAACAACAACAAAAACACCACCACCACAACAACAACAACAAUUAUAACAUCAUCAUCAUCAUCAUCAUCAAUGGCUACAGCUCACCCAAAUAGAAUGUCAUCUAUACAAACAAGUAGUUUAACCAAUAGAGACAGCCAAAGUAGCUCUAUUAUUCCAAAUAUCAAGAGUGGAGCAACAACAGUUGUGAGUGGUAUGGCAACUAGUCCCUCUAUAUAUGAAUAUAGAACUUUAUGUUAUAGAUGUGGUGACAAUAACUACAACGAAGAUGAUCCAAAUUCUGAUCAACAAUAUGACCCCAAGUCAAGGAAGUUAUCGAGGAAAUAUGAAGAAGAAGAGGAUGAUUUACUUUUUGCAAUGAGUGACAUGAAUCCUAAAUGA